AUGGAUGACAAUAGGCCGCGCGCCGGUGCCUCUGCUGCGGCCGCCUCACCUGGUGCAGCGCCGACUGCGCGCCCCGAGGCAUCGAAUCCACCCGCGCCGAGCAAUGCGCCCAAGAUCCAGCAGCCGAAACCCCAAGCUCUGCCAUCGCGAUCCGGCCCCAGCGCCAUCCUGGUCUCGCCGCGACAGAAAGGCAACCCCAUCCUCAACAGCGUGCGCUCCGUCGCAUGGGAGUACUCUGACAUUCCCGCCGACUAUGUCGUCGGUGCCACAACAUGUGCCCUCUUCCUGUCGCUCAAGUACCACCGUCUGCAUCCCGAGUAUAUCUACAACCGCAUCCGAGACUUGAAGGGCCAGUACAGCCUGCGCAUCCUCCUUACCAUGGUCGAUAUUGAAAAUCAUGAAGAUCCAUUGAGAGAGCUAUCCAAGACGUCAUUAGUCAACAACGUCACAGUCAUGCUAUGUUGGAGCGCACCGGAAGCCGGUCGCUAUCUGGAACUUUUCAAGACAUUCGAGAACGCUGCACCGACCAGCAUUCGCGCUCAGCAAGCAGGCACUUAUUCAGAGAAGAUGGUCGAAUUCAUCACCGUACCACGCAGCAUCAACAAGACAGAUGCAGUAGGCUUAGUCUCUAAUUUUGGAAGCAUCCGCACUGCAAUCAACGCUGGGCCUGAGGAAAUUGGCCUAAUAGCAGGGUGGGGUGACAAGAAGGUUCAACGAUGGUGCAACGCCGUCAGGGAGCCCUUUCGGGUCAAGAAGGCAGCGCGACGAACCGUCGGUCAAGACAGCGGUGCAGCGACCAUGUCACGCGACAUCUCCAUGGCAGAAGGCGAAAGCCAGAUGCCGCCGACAGCGGAUGCUGAUGAUACAGCACAUCGCAGGGUGGACGAUGCCGGGCCUCUUGCACUGGAGCUGGAGAGAUCCGCUCCUUUUGCAACUUCAGGGUCGGAUGCAGACAAACGGCCCGAUCAUCGCAUCGCUGAAGAUCUCAACCAGGACGAUGAAGAAGCAAUGCGUGAGGCAGAGUUGGGUGCAGUCCCACGAGGCAAUGAGACUCAACCCACUGCUCCAAAACCAGUGAAGCGGAAGCAGGCAGAAGAGGAAAACAUGAGCGAGGGCGUCAUGGCUGCACUCAGCAAGUUGAGGAAACAAUGA